AUGUCGCAGAAACCACUAGUCACAGCGCCAAAGAGACUCCAGCGGUUACUUUUGCGGUUACAACAGUAUGACUAUGAAAUUCGCUACAAGCCUGGCAGAGAUAUGGUCGUUGCUGAUACGUUAUCUCGAGCAUAUCUAGAAGACCACAUACCUACUAAAACUGAAGUAGAGACAGAGCAUGUCCAUGCAGCACAGUUUCUUUCAAUUCCUGACCACCAGAUGAAAGAGUUACAGCAGAAAACUGCAGCAGAUCCAACAUUGCAAUUACUCAAGAAGAUUAUGUUGAAAUUGCAUGAGUCACACAUUGGGGUGCAAGGAUGUCUUCGGAGAGCUAGAGAACUAGUCUAUUGGCCAGGUAUGAAUGCUGAACUCACUGAUUACAUUAGUAAGUGUGACAUCUGUCUAUCAUCAAGUACAAGUCAAGCUAGGGAGACCCUUAUUCAUCACGAGAUUCCAGACAGACCCUGGAAGAAGAUUGCCACUGACAUUUUUACGAUAGACGGUAAAGACUUUUUGUGUACAGUCGAUUACUAUAGCGGUUAUUUUGAAGUAGACCCAUUAAGUAGCAAAACAAGUAAAAGUGUAAUUUCCAAGAUGAAGAAACACUUUUCUACUGAUGGAAUUCCUAAUGAACUUUGUAGUGGCAAUGGUCCCCCAUUUAACUCAGUUGAAUUUGCUAACUUUAUGAGAUUUGCAGGAACUAAGCACAUCACCAGUUCACCAUUGCAUGCUCAGAGCAAUGGAAGAGCUGAAAAUGCAGUCAAGACAGCCAAGAACCUCAUGAAGAAAAGCAAAGAGGCAUGUAUGGAGUAUUUUAUCUCGUUGCUUAGCUGGAGAAACACUCCUACGGAAGGCAUGGAUAUGUCCCCAGCUCAAAGAAUGUUUGGACGAAGAACUCGGACACAGUUACCGACUGCUGAACCAUUACUAAAGCCACAACCAGCGCCAGUUGAUGUAAGAAAACAAUUUCUGACAAGGAAGGAGAAACAAGCAUCCUAUUACAACAGACAGACAAAGGAGCUUCCAACGCUGAAAGAAGGUCAAGUGGUGCGAAUUACCCCUCAACCAAAUGAUCGAGAGAAGAAAUGGAUAAAAGGUCAGGUAACAAGAGAAGCGGGUAUCAGAUCUUAUGAAGUGAUAACUGAGGAUGGCAGGCAGUUCAGGAGAAAUCGUAAACAUUUGCGUGCUUCUAAGGAACAGUUUUAUCUGCCAGACAAACAACCUCCACCUGUGUCACCAUCAUCAACACCACCUCCAUUAACGCCGCCAAAGUUGCAGGUCCAACAUGUUCCGCAGCAGCCCGUUGUUAGCCCUGGGAAAGCCAUCAGUAGAGUGACAAGGAGUGGCCGAGUAUUCAAACCGCCAAGUUGCCUAGACUAG